AUGCGGCCCUCAUACACAUGCAGCCGAUGCCUCUCGCUGGUGAAGAGGACGCGCCCGCAGCUGCCCCUCCGGCCACUCGUCCAACAUGGCGCCCCGCGAAGCCAAUCGACUAGAUAUCACUCCACCAAAAACCAGCCGACCAAGACGUCCAUCACACGCAGCCUGUCAACGACGGCGCGGCGGGCAAUCGACAAGCCCUUCGAGCCGUACACCUACGUCGAUCCCGAGGGUAUCCAGCGCACGCGGGUGCUGACGGAGAAGAACCUGUUCAACUCGUUCACGAACUCGCCCAUCCCGCAGAUCCGCAAGCGCGCGGCCUUUAUGCGCCAGCACGCCUACUGCCCGCACCCCGACCACCAGCCGACGCGGGCGCCGCACAAUGCCAUGGACCUCGAGGCGCGCAAGUCGGCGGCGACGGGGACAACGCCGGCACACGUCGACUUCGAGUGCCCGGACUGCGGCAUCCCCGUCUACUGCUGCGAGGAGCACUGGGCCGACGACUACGAGGCCCACCUCGAGGUGUGCGACGUGCUGCGCCAGUCCAACGAAGAUGAUCACGACCUGCGCAGCGGCCGCUUCUUCAAGGAGUUCCAGUUCGCAGAGGGCCAGAUGGAGGAGAUCCUCGUCAACAUGACCAGCUGGGACACGUACCUGUACACGCGCGACUACGACGCCCUCAACCAGGACCGCGAGAUGCGCCAGGCCACCAAGCUGCUGACGUAUCCCAUGACUAUUGCGAGCGUCAUCAACGAGCUGAGCCCCUACAACAUCCGCAAGGGCGGCCGCAUGACGCCCGAGGGGCUGAAGAGCUUUAGUGCCCUCCGCCACACGCUGCACCCCCCAAGGACGGGCGGCGACGGCACCUGGAAGAACGCCCGCCUCGCGCCCCCGUCGAUGCGCCUGUUCAUCCUGGGCGCGCGGGCCGAGUCGUCUCUACCGCGCGAGACGUGGAUGCAGCUGGCCUACCUCUUCCACCGCGUGCAGUUCUCCCUCCACUUCAUCGGCCCCGAGAGCAUGGCCAACCGUGAAAAGGAGCUGCCCCUGCCCGAGCGCACGCCUCUCAACCCCUUUGGCGCCGUCGUCGAGGACCGCAUCUCCAACGCCAUGAAGAUCAGCACCUUUGUCGACUACUACCACACCAUCCACAAGACGGGCCACUUCUACCCCUACGAUCCCUACUUUGACUGCUUCGUCGUCUUCCACCCCGGCUUCGGGAACCCCGCCUCCAUGCACGAGUGGGAGGAGACGCUGCCGCUGCUGCUCGAGACAAAGGUCCCUAUCAUCGCAACUGGUUACUCGCCGUGGGACAUGCAGCAGGACAUUGACCACCUGCAGAAACGCUUUGGCAACGAGAUGGACAUGCUGCUCGAGCCGGGCGAGAACAUCUUCCGCAGUCUGAGGUGGGAUCUGAACGAUCUCGACCCGCACGACGUGACGUGCAGUAACUGGGGCGUGUAUGCCUUCCGCGGGAAGCGCUAUGAGACAACGACCAAGGAGGAGGAUCCCGAAGUCCACAGCGAGCGGACAAAGUGA